AUGACACUGUCCAAAGAAGUCAAAACCAUUUCCGACUUCUUCUUUUACUUUGCUUUCGGUAGUAAUUUACUUCAAGAACGACUUCAUGUUCAGGUUGGUUGAAAAAUAUUAUUAAUGUUAUAAAUGAAUAUACAAUACUUUAAUGUAGCGUACUGCAAAAUUGAAUUAUUCUAAAUCUGUAAAUUGGCUAUUAGGUUAGUUUAUAUUUUUAUAUUGCGUUUUUUAUAUUCUACUAUCUAAAUUAAGUAAAUUAACGAUAACUUGAUAAUAAUACUGUUUGUAGAUAAAAGGAGCUCAAUUUGUUGGAGUCGGAUAUCUAAAGAACUACGAGUUGUGUUUUUUUGAUUAUGGCACUAGAUGGCAUGGGGCAAUAGCAUCGAUUGAGAAUAAUAACGCCUCUGAAGUGUAUGGUUGUGUAUGGAAGGUACCGAACUCGUUUGCUGAGGAAUUGGAUUUACAAGAGUCUGGGUAUCAUCGGUUACAAAGUAAUGUAUAUUUUUUACUUUUAAUGCUUAUCAUUUUCUUAAUAUAGGUAAUAGAGAGAAAUCUCUAGGUGAUAAUACGAUACUAACAACAUUAUUUUUAGUACCAGUCCAACUAGUCAAGACCAAUGAUACCGUAGACUGUAGAACAUAUCAAUACUCAAAUCCAGAACGUAAAAGACAACCACCAUCUCCACAUUAUAAAAAAGUGAUAGUAGAAGGAGCGAAGGAACAUGAAUUACCCAAGGAUUACGUCAACAAGCUGGAGGAUAUUAAGCAUAACGAUUACAAAGGCAAGGUUCUGCUCGACCUGAAGGCCUUGAAGGAACUCAACGAUGCUGCUGAAGUCUAG